UUGCCCAUACAGGUGUGCAUAACUCAGGAAUGCCAGACAAACCUGAGUCACAGAUAGCCCCCCCCCUCCCACUUGCACACACACACCUGAGCUAAAAUAAAACUGUCUCUUCCGACUUCGUUUGCUUGAGAGCUGUUCCCACUGCUGCUACGCAACCUCUCCAUAUGCCCCUGGUGAAAGAGAGACAGGCAGAGGGAGCUCUGGAAAGCAGCAGCAAUCAAAAGGAGAGAAGAAAAGGUGAAAGUCAACAUUUGAUCAGCAGGAACUAGGACCUGUGCGGAGCUCACUUCAUCCUUGCUUGAUUCCGCGAACAUCUGCAACUACCGUAGAUGAAAGCUACCUUAAGGGGUAUAAGAAGAACCUUGGUGGAUAGAACCAAAGACACAGAAUGGACAAGCUACUGCAAAGGUCAUUGCCUGGGCUACUUCUGUUGUUGCUGCUUUAUAGCAUAUGCUUGAGCCAAGGAAGCAGAAUUAAUAGCUGUGUGGCUUCCAGGGCAAAAAGCUGCACUGAAUGUAUUCGAGUGAACAAGGACUGCUCUUUUUGCACUGAUGAGAACUUCAAAGAGGCCCGCUGUGAUUUAAAAGAGAACCUAAUGAGAUAUGGCUGCAGUGAGCACAACAUUGUGUUCAUGAAAGGAGAAAUGCUAACACUAAAGGAAUUUAGAAUUGAUACCUCUCUGAAGAGAACACAGGUAUCCCCACAACAGAUGUCUGUGAAGUUGCGAGCUGGUGAGGAAGCUAAUUUUCAGAUGGAUGUGUUUGAGCCACUUCAAUCUCCUGUCGACCUCUACAUUCUCAUGGACUUCUCUUAUUCUAUGUCUGAUGAUUUGGACAACCUUAAACAAAUGGGCCAGGACCUGGCAAAAUUCUUGAUGAAUCUGACUGACAACUACACCAUUGGCUUUGGCAAAUUUGUAGACAAAGUUACGGCUCCACAGACAGACAUGAGGCCUGAAAAGCUACGUGAGCCCUGGAGCAAUGCCGACCCUCCCUUCUCCUUUAAGAAUGUCAUCCGUCUAACCCAUAAUAUUGAUAAAUUCAGCCAAGAGUUAAUGACGGAGCGUAUAUCUGGCAACCUGGAUGCUCCAGAAGGUGGAUUUGAUGCCAUACUGCAAACAGUUGUUUGCAAGGAUAUCGGCUGGCGGGAGGACAGCACUCAUCUUCUGGUGUUCUCUACAGAAUCUGCCUUCCAUUAUGAAGCUGAUGGUGCCAAUGUCCUUGCUGGAAUUCUGAGGAGGAAUGACGAACAAUGUCAUCUGAACUCAGCAGGCACUUACACCUUUGACACCAAGCAGGAUUACCCCUCCGUGCCUACCCUUGUGCGACUGCUGGGACGGCGCAACAUCAUCCCCAUAUUUGCUGUCACCAACCACUCUUACGAUUACUAUGAGAAACUGCACAAAUAUUUCCCAAUCUCUGAAAUUGGAAUGCUGCAACAAGAUUCCUCCAAUAUUGUUGACCUGAUCCAUACAGCUUUUGAGCGUAUCCGUUCCAAGAUGGAAAUUCGUGCUGGCUAUACCCCCAAAGCCUUGAAAACAGAAAUAACUUCUGGGAAGUAUGAAAAGACAGAAUCUGGCUCAUUCCAGAUUGUCCGGGGGGAAGUGGGCACAUUUGAUGUGCGCGUGAAAGCUCAUGAGCGUGUGGGUGGGGAACCGGUCUGCGAUCUUCCAGAGAAAGACCGGAAGGGCUUUAUCCACUUGAAGCCCUCUUCUUUCAGCAACAAACUAGAGAUUGAAGCUUCAGUCAUCUGUGAUGCCUGCCCUUGUGAACAGCAAAAGGAACUCACGUCAGCUAAAUGCAGUUUCCAUGGAGACUUUGUCUGUGGGCAGUGUGUUUGCCACUUAGGCUGGCGGGGAGACACAUGUGACUGCUCUACAUCUUUCUCUACUGACAAUGCAGCCUGCAUACGGCCAGGGGAAGAAGAACCCUGCUCUGGCCGAGGCGAGUGCCUAUGUGGGAUUUGUCAAUGCUACUCUGAGGAUCUGACUCAGCGCUUUGAGGGCAAAUAUUGUGAAUUUGACAACUUCCAGUGUCCCCGCACGUCUGGAUUCCUCUGCAACGAUCGGGGUCGCUGUUACAUGGGCCAGUGCCUAUGUGAAAGUGGUUGGCAAGGCCCAGGCUGUGAGUGUCCCACAAGCAAUGAGACUUGUCUCACCAACAAUGGGAUGAUUUGUAAUGGGCGCGGGAUUUGUGAAUGCGGUAGAUGUAUCUGUGAAAACCCUACUCUCUAUGUUGGACCCACCUGUGAAGUCAGCUACUCCUUGGGCUUUCAGCAUGUGUGUGAAGAUAUCCGCAGCUGUGUUCAAUGCCAGGCUUGGAGGACUGGAGAGAAGAAGGGGCAGAAUUGUACAGGCUGUCCUUUCACGAUCAAAAAGGUGGAUGAUCUGGAAAAAGAAGGGGAGGUAAAAACAAUUUGUUCCUUUCAAGACGAGGAGGAUGACUGCAUUUACCGUUUCACAGAAGAGAAUCUCAGCAAUGAGCACAACAGAACUGUUCUUGUGCAAAACAAGAAAGAGUGCCCGGCAAGAAGCUUCCUUUGGCUUAUCCCUUUGCUAAUGUUACUGAUGCUACUCCUGGGGUUGCUGCUUCUACUGUGCUGGAAGUUCUGCGCUUGUUGCAAGGCUUGUUUAGCACUGUUGCCCUGUUGUGCACGAGGUCGCACUGUUGGUUUCAAGGAGGACCACUAUCUGCUCAGGCAGAGUCUGAUGUCCUCAGACCACCUGGACACUCCCAUGGUGCGCAGCGGCAACUUGAAAGGCAGAGACGCAGUCCACUGGAAGAUCAACAACAACGUGCACAAGCAAGACUUCUCUUCCUUAGCUCUUAAUCCCAAAGAUAUGAUUCCAUACGGGUUGUCUCUCCGAUUGGCCCGGCUCUACACUCAAAAUCUUGCAAAACCAGAUAGCCGUGAACACCAGCAACUUCAAAAAGAAGUGGAAGAGAAUCUGAACGAGAUUUACAGAACUAUUCCUGGUGCCCAUAAAUUUCAGCAGACAAAAUUCAGGUUACAGCCGAAUUCUGGGAAAAGGCAAGACCACACGAUAGUAGACACUGUGCUCACUGCCCCCCGUUCAUCCAAGAACGAGAUUGUGAAAGUAACAGAGAAACACGUCUCUCAAGAGGCUUUUAAUGACCUGAAAGUAUCGCCUGGUUACUAUACUGUAAUCUCAGACCAAGAUGCCCAUGGCAUGGUAGAGUUUCAGGAAGGAGUAGAGCUGGUGGAUGUCCGGGUUCCCCUCUUCAUCAGGGCUGAUGAUGAUGAUGAAAAACAGCUGCAGGUGGAGGCCACUGAUGUUCCUGUGGGGACUGCAGACAUCGGUCGCCGUCUUGUCAACAUCACCAUAAUUAAAGAACAGGCCAAAAGCAUCAUCAGCUUCUUAGAGCCAGCUUAUUCUUACAGCCGCUUUGACAAGCUGGCUAAGAUCCCUGUUGGUCGUGAUAUAUUGGAGAAUGGGAAGUCCCAGAUAACAUACAGGACACGAGAUCUCACCGCUCAAGAAGGCAAAGAUUAUAUUUUUACAGAGGGCGACUUGAUCUUCCUGCCUGGAGAAAAGCGGAAGGAAGUGCAAAUACCGUUGCUGGAACUAACUGAAAUAGAUGCCCUUCUUCACAACCGGCAGCAGAAACAGUUCAUAGUGGAUCUUGUUGAUCCCAGGUUUGGGGCAAAAGUAGGCAAAUACCCCAAAACGGUUGUGACAAUUGAUGAUCCAGAAGCUGUGGAUGGUUUAGCAUCAAUGACAGGCCUAGGUCAGCUUCCAAUGACUUCUAGAAGCAGGCUCGGAGCACCCCUUAAUCCAAAUGCGCAGGCGCUAAACUCAAGGAAGAUCCGCUUCAACUGGCUACCCCCUCCUGGCAAAGUCGCAGGGUACAAGGUGAAAUACUGGAUCCAAGGGGACCCUGAAUCAGAGGCCCACCUGCUUGAUUCCAAAGUGCCUUCAGCAGAACUAACCAACUUGUACCCCUACUGCGAUUAUGAGAUGCAGUCCUGUGCCUACACUGCUACUGAUGAGGGGCCUUAUUCAGAAGUGGUUCACUGCCGCACACUCGAGGAAGUUCCCAGUGAGCCUGGACGCUUGGCUUUCAAUGUCGUCUCCUCCACUGUGACACAGCUGAGCUGGGCAGAGCCUGCUGAGACCAAUGGAUUGAUCACAGCCUAUGAAGUCACCUAUGGACUUGUCAAUGAGGAAAACCGACCUAUUGGGCCAUUAAAGAGAGUCAUGGUGGCAGACCCAAAGAAGAGGAUGGUUCUGAUUGAAAACUUACGGGAAUCACAGCCCUACCGCUACACAGUGAAGGCCAAGAAUGGAGCUGGUUGGGGUCCUGAGAGAGAAGCUACUAUUAAUUUGGCCACGCAACCCAAGCGCCCCAUGUCCAUUCCCAUUAUCCCUGAUGUGCCAAUAAUUGAUGCUGAAGGGGGAGAGGACUAUGACAGCUACUUGAUGUACAGCACCGAUGUACUGCGCUCACCAGCUGGCAGCAAACAUCCCAGCGUUUCAGACGAUUCUGGCUCUCGGUGGAAACCUGUGCAGCUACUGGGGGAGGAGCUGGACCUUCGUCACGUUGCCUGGAGGCUCCCAGCAGAAUUGAUUCCUCGGCACUCGGACAGCAGCUGCUUUUCCUCGGAUGCAGAGGGUCUCUUCCAUGAGGGGAGCACCCGUUCUGAGCUAGUGGACAGUGAUGCAGCCAGCGGCAGUCUGCCAAGAAGUGGGACUCCCCGGCCCCAACCAGAACACAUGAUGAAUGGCCGGGUGGACUUCACCUUCCCUGGGGGAAGCUUGACUCGGAAUACGACUUCCAGCUACAAUCAUCUAAGUCCACACAUCCACCAUGAGAGAAGGGUAAUGGGAACUUCCUCUCUGACCAGGGAGUAUACCACCACAGUCUUGUCUGGACAAGGCAUCUCAGGGCCAGCCACACAGUCUGUGCAUUAUGCCCUCCCACAGAAAGCCAGGGCCCGCACUCACUCCGAAGAUGUCUGUGAAGCACUGAGCAGCCUGGACACAGUGCUUCUGGAUUCCAGGACUCAUCUGGGAGUCCCUGACACUCCCACCCGGUUAGUGUUCUCUGCCCUGGGGCCAACCUCACUGAAGGUCAGCUGGCAGGAGCCGCACUGUGACAAGGAGGUACAAGGAUACAGCGUACAGUACCAGCUCCUCAAUGGAGGAGAAAUGCACAGGCUUACUAUUCCCAAUCCUAAUCAGAACUCAGUGGUGGUGGAUGACCUGUUGCCGAACCACUCUUACGUCUUCAAAGUGAAGGCCCAAAGUGACGAAGGCUGGGGUCCGGAGAGAGAGGGAGUGAUUACUAUUGAGUCCCAAGUGGAUCCACGUAGCCCUCUGAGUCCUGUUCCAGGCUCUCCAUUUACCUUGAGCACACCUAGUGCACCAGGGCCUCUGGUGUUCACAGCUCUGAGUCCAGAUUCUCUUCAACUGAGUUGGGAAAGACCCCGCCAACCCAAUGGAUUGAUUCUGGGCUACAUGGUCACUUGUGAAAUGCUACAUGGCGGAGGGGAACCCAGGAAUAUCUAUGUGGAAGGAGACAACCCAGAGACUACUUUGACAGUCCCUUACUUGAAUGAAAAUAUUCCAUAUAAGUUCAAAGUCCAAGCCAAAACCACACAAGGCUUCGGGCCUGAAAGAGAAGGCAUUAUCACGAUUGAAUCUCAAGAUGGAGGAGCUUUCUCUCAGUUUGGAACACAGCAGUUUACCAAGGAGGAAGUGUACAGUCUCCCCACAGAAUAUACCACCAAAACCAGCUUCACUCACUCUGCACUGGACCCCUUAUAUGCAGAUGGCACACUGAUGACCACUCAGCGUGUGGAGAGUGGCAGCACCCUCACCAAACAAGUCACCCAAGAGUUUGUCACCAGAACCAUGAUGUCUAACAGCAGUGGGACAUUCACCAGACAGACAGACCGGCAGUUCUUUGAAGCCUGAGUCAAGAAGGAAGCUGCCAAAUGGACACCCGGAUUUCAACAGGGGAUGACCUGAAGUAGGCCCGUUCUGGGGUCAACUUCCGGACAAGCUCAUGGUUCCCACUUUAUUGCAUCAGCAUUAAAAACAUUGGAUGUUGCUUUGAUACUCCAGUGGGAAGAGGGUGCAUGCAGCCCAGGUGGAACUCUACAACAUUACAAAAAGUUUUUUUUUUUUUUUUACAGUAGCUUGGUUACAAAGGGCUACCGCACAGCUUUGAGUCAAGAUUUUGAUUUUUGCAUUCUUAGCUAUUCAAAUGUUGCCAUUGGAAGUUUGACCACAUAGGACUAAAUCUUUGUUCAAAUCUCCACCUGCUGCCAUUCCAGUCCAUUCUUUAUUCGUUUCAUUCCGAUUUCUUUCCUAAGUUCCUCAGCCCCUUGUCAAUACUAUUAAUACUGUCAGCAAAAUCCAUCUGUCACACUCUAUACAUUUUGUUAAGUAUACCUGUUAAAAGGCAAGGGAGGAGUAUUACCUUGCUUCCUAUUACAUUUCUGCAUAUGGUACUUCAAUAGCUGAUUAGUAUGUUAAUUUGCAUAGCUCCGCCCGCUGUGCCUUACGGAGAAAUGUCGCUUAAAGUACUGUACAGUUGCCUAAUGUAUGUAUUAUGUAUUUUUUUACAAAGAAUAUUUGAUCUCACCUAGCAACAUGGGAGCAGAAUUCAAACAUUGAUCCUCAACAUCUAUAGAAGCAAACAUACGAUACGACAUUAAAAUCAAUGCCCUUACCCUAAAAAGGCCUAGAACAGUGUUGUUUCAUUUUUAAUGACUGCAACCAACAAAAUUUGCUCAAUUCCACCCGCAGCCCUUCUGCCCCUCUAAUGUACUGGCAGUGGUGGCCAAGAAGCACUGCAGGUUGAUAACAACAUUGGCUAGGUCAGUGUCACUGGUUUUGGCCUAGGCAUAGUUAGUUCCAGCCAUUUUUGUUUCCCUCCUCGUCUUCUCACCACCACCGGCAGUGUCUUCCAGUACUGGUAUAAUACAGACAUUGGCUACUUUUGUGUAUUCAAAAUUUACUCAGUCACAUUGCUUCAUGGUUACUGUAGUCAACUACAGCAUCCAUAAGGCACUGCAACUUGAGAUAAAUCAGACACGAACAAGAACACCUGGAGCCUAAGUAUUAUACAGGCUUUGUCUGCAAUUUCAUCUAUGCAAUUUAGCUGCUCCCAGGUGUGGAGCAGGAAUUCUGUGGAUGUCUGGUGUUCCAUAUCGUGGGUAUUAGCACAGAAUUUCUCUCCUGAGCUUUGCUGAUCCCUAAAUAUAACCAAUCUUCCCUGCAAGAAGAAAAGUAGCACAACAGAAAAGUUCUAGUCUAACCCUUCCUCUUCUGUGCUAAUUUUCUACUUGCAAGAUUUUAAUUUAGUGAAACAUUCAAAAAGAUUAUGAGUCUAAUGCCAUCGUUUCCAUUUUUGCAUGUCUGCUCCCAUAAUGCAGCAUUUUCUGACUGGGGUUCCUCAGUAGGAAUAAUGCGGGCAUGCUCCUGCAAAAGGCAGCUCACCUGCCACUACUGCUCUGCACAAUGUAUGACAGUGAAGCCCAGCAUGCAUGGCUUGUGGCCCACAAGUGUGCAUCCUACUACAAGAUGCCCCAGAAUCCUUUGCAACGCACUAUGGUACCAUGACAGAAAAUUAGAAGUUCUGCCGCUGCAGACAAGUAUGUGUGGAAAGAGUUUCUGAAGGCAGAAGCUUUGCUAUCAUGUUAACACAGCUGGGACAAUUCAGUCCCUCUUGCCUUUUGCUUUUCUUUUAACUGAUUUUGCCUCAGGACGCCUGAUAAAGAUCAGUGCCACCAACAGAACCAACCAUCAAUAUUGUGGUUUAAUUAAAACUAUAAGAGGCUCAAAUAGGUGAUUAAGGGGUCACCAAUCCAUAAUAAACAAUCCUUAAUAACAGGUUGUAACCCGCCCUAAGCCUGCUUGCGGGGAGGGCAGGCUAAAAACCCAAUCAAUCAGUCAGGUUGGUUCCACUGUAGGAGGGCAGAGGAACUUUAACCAGGACAGCCUAGGACAGGAGCUCAACUCUUUGCAGCUGCAAAGGAUAAGUGGUGGCUAGACUCCCCCCAGGGAAGUUGGCCCCUGACAACUGACCAAAGGUGCUAAUCCCAAAUCUGAGUCUGCCUUGUAAAGAACAGCUGGGGGCCUUUCACUUUUGUUAGAGGUAUAAAUUUGGAUCCCUCCUUGCAGGUUUACCACUGACUCAUUCUUGUCAGUUAAGAAAUCCUGCAAACCUUCCUAGAUUAUCUUUUCAAACAGGAUGAUUUCUUUGUAGGACUGUUAAUGUGCAGCCAAUUUCAUGGCUCUUCCUGGGUACUCACUUCCCAACACAAUAUAACAUUGGAUACAGGCUAAGUAAAGUAUCUUCAAAGCUUACAGAGCAUCCUCUUGUAAAGUUACUAUUGCCUGGUCAAAACUCCUUUCUGCAUAUUAUAAUGCUUUGUACUGAAAAUGCGCCACAGGCCUUCCUUUUAACCAAAGAACCCAUUUGAAGUAUCUUAUGGGCCAGAUUUCAGCAGGCUAAUGUUUUUAUCACCAAUUAUAAGAGGGAUUGUAUGUUUUCACUCAUGUAACAGGAGAAUCACAAUAGGAUGUAAAUGUCCUUAUUGCUGAACAUAUUUUAAUACAUAUGCAAUAUAAAAAUUAAUGGAAUGGUCUGACAGCUGGGGUUCUGGAUCUAAUAGAUUUCUAUUGCACUUAAUAAACAUUUUCUCUGUGGUA